UCGUAGGGACUUAUUCAAGAGGUCAUUUUAAAUGACCACCUAAUCAUUCGGCGACAUGGUGUCGAGGGUUUGUGUUUUGGGAGCUGGAGUUAUAGGGCUGUCGGCUGCUGUGAACGUGCAGUUGCUGGUUUCAAAUGUGGAUAUUACUAUAAUUGCUGAUCAGUUUGAUUCAGAAACAACAAGUGAUGGGGCAGCAGGUCAUUUCGGGAUUAUGACGGAGCGGACAAAUGCAGACAUCAACAAUUUAUUCCGCUGGGCCAGAGAAUCUUUUGAUUGGUACCACAGAAUAUGUAUAUCUGAAGAUGCCAAUAUCGCCGGAAUCCACAGAUUCCAUGGUUACCAGCUGUGGAGAACCGAGAAACCGACUCCAUUCCACAGCAAGUUUGAUUACGCAUAUCGUAAAUUGUCCGAGAGAGAGCUAAAACGACUUCCAGGCAAUUAUACAUACGGUUGGGCGACGGAAACUUUGAUGGUAGAAUGUCGACGUUACUUGCCAUGGCUCAUGAAGAAAUUUAGAGAGAAGGGUGGGAAAAUAGUUCGUCAGAGACUUUACAACAUUAACGAGAUUGAACAGUUUUAUGACAUCAUAGUAAACUGCACAGGACUGAGAAGUAGGACACUGUUCAAGGAUAAGGAAAUGGUGCCAAUACGAGGACAUACAAUUCGUGUGAAGGCGCCUUGGAUUAAAAGCUUCUAUAUUGCCGACAACGGUGAUACAUACAUCUACCCAGGUCAGGACAAUGUUGUUCUUGGCGGAACUCGGCAGCGUGGAGAAGAGAGAUUGGAGAAAGACCAAAGGUAUUAUGACGACAUCAUAAAGCGAUGUUGUAAUUUGGUUCCCUCGCUGAAACACGCCGAGAUUGAGCGUACCUGGGUAGGACUGAGACCUUGGAGAUCGAGUGUACGACUGGAAGUGGAAUCUAUCACAAUCAGAGGAAGACAUAUACCUGUAGUCCAUAAUUAUGGACACGGAUUAGAUGGUGUCUGUCUAAGCUGGGGGUGCGGAGUGCAUGCAGCAGAUCUUGUUAAACAACAAUUAAAUCAACAAAAUACUCUUCAGAAACUUUCCAAGUUGUGACACAAAGAACCAAAAAUAAGUCCAAAUAUUUGAAGAUAGAGGUGCAGCUAAUUAUUUAGUAUAUCAGCAUUAUGCUGAAUGUCUAUACAAAUUAUGAAUUAAAUAUUAAUCCUCAGAAUGUUUUCCAUUUCAAGAACACACACACACACACACAAUUUCAUAUUCUCGAAGAUAUUCUAGGUGUUCACAUGUACAUAGAAAAGCAUCAAAUUAAGCAGACAAUGCUGAACUUGGUCCUUAUACACUCUCCUAUCUAUGUUAGGAACACAUAUUUAAAUACUAUAUCAGAUUAAGAGAUUUGGAAUUAAGAACCACAAACAAUGAUGCAAUUUUAGUAUCGGCCUUCAAGAGGACAAAGAGUUAGCUUUGAAAAAGAGCUGUACAUGUACUUCAUAGCAAAACAAGCUUUUUAAUCUUCAACAAAAACUACACUUGAAUGCUUUAAAAAUUUCCCAUAAGGCGUAUACGUUUAAGUUAAAUAAAACUUGUUGACAUGAUCUAUGAACAAUUGAGCAAAAUCUCAUCAUCUAACUCGGAAAAACUUUAUAGUAAAAUAUUAAAUUGUACUGAAUAUAAAUUGCAGGAUUACGUUAAAUUUUCUUUGAAAACAUGCGAAACAAAAUGAACGAGUCGUUAUUCGUUAUUUACUGAAACAGGCAGUUUUAAUAAAUUGUGAACCUAAAGUAAAUCAAUAGUCCCUAAGGAAAAACUAUGCUUGUAAAUUAUUUGUUGAAAACUAAAUACAUUUUGUAUUUUAUUUCGAUUUUAUUUUUUAGUGAUUAAAUAAUACUGUGGCAUUGAUCUCAUUAAAGAAAUUGUUUAAGCCAUGCGAUUAUAACACUACAAAACGUGUAGAUAUUUAGAUACACUCUUUAUGCAAAGAAAACAUAUGCAUGGACAAUAAAGAAUUCUGUGGAUUUGUCUUGCAUGCUCUAGCCAUUAUAAUAUUUUUUUUCUGUUGUCUUUCAUUUGGUUUGUUAUCUUGACUGUUUGCCAACAUGUUAAUGUCAAUAAAUUGAAUUGAAUAUAACAUUUAA